GUGGUGUAUGUGCACUGUUUGAAUUUACUGUACCGGUGAUUGCCUUCCCGACACUUCCGUCUUAUCGCAGUAAUUCUUUGAGUUACUACCAAGAUGAGCUGGAUGGAUGAGGGACUGGAGUCAACGGAAAAAAAGUCAAUGAGGAUGAUUUGCAAGACCCGUCAUGCUGGGACAAGUGGAUCAGGAAGAGGCUUCACUAAAGAAGCUCUGAGCGAGUCCAGCGAUGAAGAGUUUGAUAAGUUUCUUGUGGAAAACUUUACACCAAAAGCAAAAACCAGAGCCCCGAACCCUCGCAGUGCUGCUAAGACAGACAACUCAAAUGCGCUCGUGGUAAGCUCAGAUGAUGAAGACAAUUUUGAGGACUUUUUGCAGCGAGUUAAAACCCCUGCUGCCAAGGCGAAGAAAAGAUCUGAAAGCGGCAGUGAAGACAGCCUGAAAAACUUCAUUGUGAACGAUUUCUCAUCUGAUGACGACUUUAUUGAAACAAAGUCAUCCAUUAGAGUUCGUCCAGCGACCAUCACUCCAGCAGGACAGCCUUCAUUCAGAAGACCCCUCGCCCAUUUAAACUCCCCCGUCUUUGUUAGUGACAGCGGGGAUGAUGAUGACGAUAACAUCGUCAUAAGGAGCACUUGGAAGACUCGCCACUCAAAGCCCAAGCCUCCGCAAAAAGCUGAACAGAGAGAAAACGAGGAGGAAGAGAAUCGUUCACCAGCAUCACCGUUGCUGCCCAGUCUUUCCUUUUUCCUCCAUCCUCCCAGCAACACUCAGACAUUAAAGACUUCGCCCAUACGCACUCUCUCAGCCCCUUCUAGGCUGGAUGAGUCGAGCGGUUCAGAGGAAGAGUUUGGGUCCCUUUUGGAGAGGCUGAAAAAGAAAAAUAUUCUCACAAGCACCACGGUCACUCCGAAAACCUCUAAAGAAUCAGAAAAAAAGGUUGUGCUUCCAACUCCAGCUCUCAAGCCAUUCCCAAAACCAAACUCGAAACCAAUGAAAGAAAAGCCUGAAGAUGUGAAAGCUCAAGGGAAACCCUCCAUUGUGAAGCCUAAAGGCAGUCAGACUGAACCAAGACCCGCCACACUGAGCAGGAUCCCAAUGUGUAAGACCCCUGGCUGCUUCCUGGACUCCCUCACAAAUCCAGGGUCCAAAUAUGGGUCCAGUUUCAGGACAAAUAAGGAAGAACUCACAAGCAAACUGUACCAGCUCUAUAACACCAGUGUUUUCGACGACAAGCUUCCAACCGAUAUGUCUGUUACCUGGAAUAAGAAGAUGCGGAAAACAGCCGGGUACUGCAUCACAGGGCAGGAACGAUGCGGAGGAAGCCGAUACGCUCGCAUCGACUUGUCAGAGAAAGUCUGCGACUCUGCAGAUCGCCUUAGAGACACUCUGAUCCAUGAGAUGUGUCAUGCUGCCACAUGGCUGAUAAAUGGUGUGAGGGACGGACAUGGAAGUUUCUGGAAGAUGUAUGCACGGAAAGCCACGAUCGUACAUCCUGAGCUUCCUGUUGUGACGCGCUGCCACAGCUAUGACAUCAAAUACAAGUUCCAGUAUCAGUGCACCCGCUGCAAGAACAUGAUCGGCCGUCACUCCAAGUCACUGGACACUCAGAAGUUUGUUUGCGCCCUCUGCACUGGUCAGCUGAUCUUACUUACGCCUGUGAAGCCCCGCGCUCCCACUCCAUUCGCCACGUUUGUCAAAGAGAAUUAUGGGAACGUGAGGCAGGAGCUGAUGGGGCAGAGCCAUGCGGAAGUGAUGCGAAAACUGAGCGCAGACUUUGCCUCCAAGACCAAACUCAGUGAAAGCUGAUGGAGCAGAUUUACUGCAAACCUUUUACCUCAUUCAGUGACUCUUACUGCCUUGGCUACGGUGAAAUUAUAUCAAAUCCUUUUUUUUUUUUCCUUAUGAUUUUGACUGGAAAUGUGAACCAGAACAGCCAAUCUGUUGAAUGUUGUUGUGCUCAGGUAGAUGUAAUUGUUUAAUGACUGGUCAUUUGUUUACAAGCAGGGAAUAAAUUUUUCUAAUAA